AUGGAUGAACAAACCCAGACUAUCAACCGCUCCGAUGAUGAUAACCGUGGCCGCAAUGCCAUCAUGAGCAACCAUGUCCAGCUUGGUCCCGGACACCCGCCCUCGUUGCGCGCGAACACCCGCUGGUGGUUUGCCUCUGCGGCGUUCCCCAUGGUAGCUGGCACUCUAGGCCCGGUGGCCUCGGCUUUUAGUAUUUGCGCCCUCGUCGAGAGUUGGAGGCAGCAUAUCCCGCCAGGUGGGGGUCUGGCUGCGGCCGUCUUCGUCCCGGACCCCCGGUGGCUCUUGGCCCUGAAUGCCGUGCAGCUUGUCAUCGCCCUAGCUGCCAACAUGUUCCUCCUGCUCAACAUGACCAAGCGGGUGGGGUUCUGCGUCGCGCAACCCAUAACCAUUGUGGGCUGGUACAUAUCCGCCAUUAUACUCGUCUCCCUGUGCGCCACGGCCAGCGGGCCGCUGCUUCAGGAUCCACCCAUGGAAUACGUCUGGUCCCAGGCUUUUUAUUACGGGAUAUUUGCUGCCGUCCUCUACUUCAUCGUCGCCUCUUUGAUGACGAUCACCUUCUGGGGCGCCCAAACCGGGCACUAUGACAAGAACUUCGAGCUGACCAGCAGCCAGAGGACCCUCAUGCUCCAAACGAUAGUUUUUCUCUCAUACCUGCUUCUAGGCGCCCUCGUAUUUUCGAAGAUCGAGAAUUGGAACUUCCUUGAUGCUGUGUACUGGGCCGACGUUACUCUCUUCACCGUUGGCUUAGGCGAUAUUUGCCCACAGACUCGCCUCGGUCGUGGUCUUCUUAUACCAUUCGCUCUCAUCGGCAUUAUCUCUCUCGGCCUGGUGAUUGGAUCGAUUCGAAGUCUAAUCCUCGAUCGGGGCAGGCAUAGGUUCAACACCCGCAUGCUUGAAAAACAGCGCCGUCUACUCAUUCGGCGCGAGUCAGCAAGAGGGGAACCUGGAAUAUUCGAACCUAUCGGUGCCGAAACUGAUAAUACCGAGCCAAAUUUCUCUCGAGAAGAAUUCAUGCGUCGGCAGAAGGAAUUCCAGCUUAUGCGGAAGAUUCAACACCAGAAGUGGACAUCGAUGGCAAUAUCCGCUGGAACGUGGUUCACUCUUUGGCUCGUUGGCGCGAAGGUGUUCCAAGAAUGCGAAUCGCAAUAUCAGGGUUGGACUUACUUCGACAGCUUCUACUUCGCAUUCACGACUCUGACAACUGUCGGCUAUGGGGAUCUUUCGCCAGUAUCUAGCCCAGGAAGGCCUUUCUUCGUCUUUUGGUCUCUCCUCGCCGUACCUACCAUGACCGUUCUCAUAUCAAAUGCGAGUGAUACAAUCGUGAAGGCUAUCAAGGAAGCCACACUUAUACUCGGGAGCAUAACAAUCCUACCAGGAGGCCGCGUAUUUAAGAAGGAUAUCGAGUAUAUAUUAGGAGAACUCUCCUGUGGAGCGACCCUGUCGGACGAAGACAUCGAGGAAGACCCUCCCGGAUUUCUAGGUGCAGGCGGAAACACACAUAUUGAUGAAGGGAAGGACGAGGCUGAGGAGGAAUAUGGGGGAAGCUCAUCCAGUACUAGCGAUCUUGGGGGCCCCGAGAGCCAACGCGUAGUCGAAAAAGAUGUCGAAAGAGGAGGGCUCGAAUUAUUGUCUCAUGGGGCGAAUUCGACCGCAUCGGUCGGUAACGGCGCGUCCAAGUCGACACGUGUUGGCUCGACAGCCUCGGACACCAUACCAAACGAACUCCCCAAGACUCGCGCCGAGUAUCGGCUGGUCUUAAUAGACGAGAUCAUGCGGGUAACUCAACACCUGCGACAAUCACCGGCGCGGAAGUACACCUUUAAAGAGUGGGCAUGGUACCUGCGCCUCAUCGGCGAAGACGAGAGCAACGCUGAGACCCACCGCGAUCCCGAACACCCCUUCCAGAUCCUCGACUCCGACCCCCGCGGCGGUAGGCCCAAGUGGAGCUGGGUCGGGCACCGCAGCCCGCUGAUGGACGACACGCGCGUGGAGGCCGAGUGGAUCGUGGAAAGGCUCGAGCGGAAGCUGCACGAGGAGCUGUUGCGGGCUGCCGGCGCCGGCGCCCGACAGGAACGGGAAAGGGGGGGACUACCGGAGGAAAGGAGGGGAGAGGGAAACGUGGGAGGAUAG